AUGCAGGCGAUCGAGAAAUGUGGGCACUCGGCGUCAACCUUGCCGGAGACCAUGGUGCGCCUAGACAUCGAUGUCGAAGGAUUCCCCUCUUUCGACGUCACGCAUCCCUCCUCAGAUACCAAGCGACUACGCUAUUCAGCAUCCCCACUACUUGAUGAGAUUCCCAUCGGCUACAACAUCCCCGACGCAACGUACUCGGACGAAAGCUUCCUCUGGAUCCAACAGCAGCUCGUCAACUGCGACUCCACCCAUGCCACCUGCGCAACAAGUACCCCCAACCCGCUCCCGAACCGCAUCCUCGACGUCGGCACCAGCGGCGCCGACGCCACCAUACGCGUGCGCACCACCAACAGGGAGCCCGCGCGCUACAUCUGCCUCAGCCACUGCUGGGGCCCCGACCAACCCCCGCUACGAACCCUCACCGGCAACCUAGCGGACCACGAACGCUGCGUGCCCGAGGAAGCGCUACCCAAGACGUUCCGCGAAGCCGUGGCCUUGACGCGCAAGCUCGGCAUCCGGUACCUCUGGAUCGAUAGCCUCAUCUACGCCGGCGCGUACCUCACCGUCGCGGCGGCGCACGCGCGCAUGUCUCUCCAGGGCCUCUAUUCCGCGCGCGAGCCCCAAUACGAGGAAACGCCGCUCGACGUGUCGGUCCUGCCGGGUGCGGGCGACGCUGUGGAAGAGGCGCGUGGCUACCGCGGAACCAUUUACGCACGGCACGCUAUACGCCACAUCGGCCGCCACACUCACCCGUACGAUAUCCGCCGCGGGCAGAGGAACACGCCGCUCCCGCUCCUCUCCCGUGCCUGGGUGCUGCAGGAGCGCUUCCUCUCGCGGCGGGUGCUCUUCUUCACCGGGCAGGAACUGGCGUGGGAGUGUAUCCAGCGGAUGGGGUGUCAAUGUCGUGGCCAUUCCGAGUCCAUCGCCCCUAGCAACAAUGGAGAGAACGGCGGCAACGCCACGUCGUCGAUCUCCGUCUUCAAACGGCUGGCGGCGAUGGGGUUGACGAGCGCCAUCCACGAUAGAGCCACGGCUACCCGAGCGUGGUCCUCCAUCGUGCGCGACUAUACCGCGCUGUAUCUCACCUUUGAGAAGGACGUUUUUCCGGCCUUAUCCGGUAUCGCUCGGCAAAUGUCGCAUUUGACGGGCUCGAGGUACGUCGCCGGUCUCUGGGAGGACUCGCUUCUCUCCGGGCUCUGCUGGCACGUUGACGGCAGGAGCUCCCGUCCUUCCGAAAUGCUCCUGGAGCCGCGGCCGAGCGUGUGGAGGGCACCGACGUGGUCCUGGGCGGCGAUCAAGUCACCCGUGGUGUUUGUGGGGGCAAGGGUUGAUUCAUACGUGCCGGGUCGUUAG